AUGUUUUUGUGGAGAGCCCUUAUUCCUCUGCACAAACCGAAAGCAGUGGUUGUUUAUCAUCAGCGGUUAACAUUCUGUGUUGUACAGUUCAUAGAUAAGGAUCCGAAGUUAGCCGGUAGUGUGAUUACGGGUCUGUUAAAGUACUGGCCGGUUACGAAUAGCCAGAAGGAGUUGUUGUUUAUUAGUGGGUUAGAAGAGACUUUGGAGAUGACUAGCAUGGCGGAGUUCGUAACGAUCACGGUUCCACUGUUCCGGCGUAUUGCAUUCUGCUUAAACAGCUCCCAUUACCAGGUGGCCGAACGACCGCACUUGCUGUAGAACAACGAGCAUGUCUUUAAUCUUAUAAUGAAUAACCGCCAGCUGAUAUUUCCUCUAAUCUUCCCCGCCCUCGAGCGAAAUUCCGGGAACCAUUGGAACCAAGCAGUGCUUAACCUGACGCGCAGCAUAAAAAAGAUGUUCUGCGAGAUAGAUGAGGAGCUUGUGCUCGCCUGCCAGCGUAAGUUGGAGGAGGAAAACUCACGGUCAAGCGAGGCAGCUGAAAAGAGGAAGCGAACAUGGGAAUGCCUCGAGAGCACUGCUAGCUUCGAACCUGCAUCUGCCAACAUGAUUCUUCCCAUGAAACCAGCUGCAUGCACGAUCGCCUGUUAAUCACUCGAGUAAACCGGGUCGAGAAAAGCUAAAUACGCAUAAAUGUAUCUCUAGCUGCUCUCAUUGUUUGAUGUUGUAUUCUUGAAUUCAGCCAAAAUCCGGUUACAUUUUGUAUACUAUAAACAUAACUGCUCGAAUUAAAAGCUCGUAAAAAUAACAGCCCUUUCUUUUACCA